AUGUCAGACGCCUUGGGCAACUUCCACCUGGACCCCAAUCCAGAGUCGCUACAUCGACAGACGGUGCAUAUCAAUGACCUUCCAGAUGAAGUCUUGUUAGGUGUAUUCGCCCACAUGCAUCCAGUGGAGCUUAAAGACCUUCGAUUGGUGUGCCGCAAAUGGAACCAUGUUGUGAGUGACAAGUCGGCGUGGAUCACGGCGUUUAAUAACCGUUUUGGCACGGGGAAUGUUUUUUCUUCGGUGACUGGGUCUCCCAUGUGGCUUACUGAGUACUUGGGCAGAGUAGCUGUGUCACGGAAGUGGGCGAAAGGCAGGGCGUUUUCACACGCUUAUGCUUUGGUGAAUAACGAGUUUGGCAUGCGGGUGCCGCCUCGUGUGUUUGUGGACUUUGCUCAUGAUAGGAUCUUGACGUUUGCACGGUUCUCUGGUGCCAUUUCCAUGUGUACGCUAUCCACGGGGCGUAACCAGGUGUUUUUCCCGGAAAAUAGUGUUCUUUCAAUGGGCAUGGCUGCUGACUGUAACUGGUCCCAUCUUUGUGUGGGUAAACCGAAUGGUGAAGUGUUCGUGAAGAAUCUUAUUACUUCUUCCGCUACAGGCUCGGGAAAACAGUCUGUGGUGACACUUCAGGGCCCCACGGACGAUCCGAUUUUAACACUUAAAAUGAACGAUGUUUUUGAAAAGGUGAGAGAGAAAACAGAGAUUAUAGCAGGUACGAGAGGCGGCCUUUUGCUUCUCUGGAGCGCCACGACACUUUUGAGGACCAUUUUUGUGAGCCAAACGUGUGGCGUUUUAGAGGUGGCUAGUGACUUUCGAGAGACUGUGGUUGUGGUGACAGAAGAGGAGAUUGUCUCGUAUGAACUCCCUUCUGGUGAAGAAAUGCAUAGAGUGGCCCAUGGUAUCACUAUGGCUGGUGAUACUGGCUUCUACAUUGAUCUCCCUGGCAUGAACGUUGUGGUGCACAACGAGAGCACGAUCAAGGUGUUCAAUCUUUCUGAAAGAAUCUAUACGACUGAAGCUUCGGCUCCAGAGGGAGUGAACAUUAUUGGUGGAACAUUACAACAAACACACCGCAAAACUAGACUUCCAGACAUUGCAGGUGGUGAUGGAAGACUUUUCGCUGUUAUCUUUUCCGAUGGUAGCGUAUCCACGUUUAACAUUCGUGAUACAGGGAGCGAUAUUAAGUUUCUUACAAGAAUCAUGCUCCGUUACGAUGCUCCUUACGGUAUAAGGGAGUGGACCGUUGUGGCACUUACAAGCUCGAUUCUCGCAAUAGGUCUUCUUCCUAACUUUGUGCAUUUUUAUGACGCCCAUCUGGGCGAAUACCUUAGAGAAGGUGUCAAGGUUCUGCGAAAGCUUUUCCGUGAAGGUGAGCCACCGAUUAGACACAUUGAGUUUAGCCCGUCUGACUGUUCUGGAGUGAUUGUAAGUGGCAGCGUUGCACAGUACUUCCGGUUUGGCAACGAUCCGAUUGCAUUAAAGAAGAAACCCAAUACUCCCCAAUCAGCAGAAGGAUCAUCAAGACAUGCAAUGCAUAGGCAUAUCAAGGACCAGUUGGAAGACUACGAUACUCUUGAAGACACUCGCCGCAGAGCCGAGCUCAUGGCGGACCGGUACAACGGAACAGAGCUCGAUUCUGAGCUUGAAGAGCUACGAAUGGCCAUGGCGCUCAGUGCCAGUAGUGUUCCCGAUACCAGCGAAGAUGACGAACUUGAAAGAGCGUUGCUUCUUUCACGGGAAGACCUGGAGCCCGUUGCCACGCCUGUGGAAGGCUCUCUGCGGUCCCAUGAGUUAUUCAAACAGCCUGCCACAGGACAUCCCGGAGAGCCAAUAGAAGAAAGCGACGACGAUGAAGUGCUUCGGCAAGUCAUGGAGCUUCUGCUUACAGACCACUAA